CCUGCCCCUUGGCCUCGAGUCCCCAGCGAGUCUGGAGCCCGCGCCGUCGCCCGUCGCGUCCUCCGGGCAUGGAAGGUAGCGGCAAGCCCAACUCCGCGUCCAACAGCCGCGACGAUGGCAACAGCGUCUUCCCCUCCAAGGCACCCGCGACGGGGCCGGCGGCGGCCGACAAGCGUCUGGGGACCCCUCCGGGGGGCGGCGCGGCCGGGAAGGAACACGGCAACUCCGUGUGCUUCAAGGUGGACGGCGGCGGAGGAGAGGAACCCGCGGGCAGCUUCGAGGAUGCCGAGGGGCCCCGGCGGCAGUAUGGUUUCAUGCAGAGGCAGUUCACCUCCAUGCUGCAGCCUGGGGUCAACAAAUUCUCCCUCCGCAUGUUCGGGAGCCAGAAGGCGGUGGAGAAGGAGCAGGAAAGGGUUAAAACUGCAGGCUUCUGGAUUAUCCAUCCGUACAGUGACUUCAGGUUUUACUGGGAUUUAAUAAUGCUUAUAAUGAUGGUCGGAAAUUUAGUCAUCAUACCAGUUGGAAUCACAUUCUUCACCGAACAAACAACAACACCAUGGAUUAUUUUCAAUGUGGCAUCAGAUACCGUUUUCCUGUUGGACCUAAUCAUGAAUUUUAGGACUGGGACUGUCAAUGAAGACAGCUCGGAAAUCAUUCUAGACCCUAAAGUAAUCAAGAUGAAUUAUUUAAAAAGCUGGUUUGUGGUAGACUUCAUCUCAUCGAUCCCAGUGGAUUAUAUCUUUCUCAUUGUAGAGAAAGGGAUGGAUUCGGAAGUUUACAAGACAGCCAGAGCACUUCGUAUUGUGAGAUUUACAAAAAUUCUAAGUCUCUUGCGUUUAUUACGCCUUUCAAGGUUAAUUAGAUACAUACACCAAUGGGAAGAGAUAUUCCACAUGACCUAUGACCUCGCCAGUGCCGUGGUGAGAAUCUUCAACCUCAUUGGUAUGAUGCUGCUCCUGUGUCACUGGGAUGGCUGUCUGCAGUUCCUCGUCCCCCUGCUGCAGGACUUCCCACCGGAUUGCUGGGUUUCUCUAAAUGAAAUGGUUAAUGAUUCGUGGGGAAAACAAUAUUCCUACGCACUCUUCAAAGCCAUGAGUCACAUGCUGUGUAUUGGCUAUGGCGCCCAAGCCCCAGUCAGCAUGUCAGACCUCUGGAUCACCAUGCUGAGCAUGAUUGUUGGGGCCACCUGCUAUGCAAUGUUUGUCGGCCAUGCCACAGCUUUGAUCCAGUCUUUGGAUUCUUCAAGGAGGCAGUAUCAAGAGAAGUAUAAGCAAGUGGAACAGUACAUGUCAUUCCACAAGUUACCAGCUGACAUGCGCCAGAAGAUACAUGAUUAUUAUGAGCACCGGUACCAAGGCAAGAUAUUCGACGAGGAAAAUAUUCUCAGUGAACUUAAUGAUCCUCUGAGAGAGGAAAUAGUCAACUUCAACUGCCGGAAACUGGUGGCUACAAUGCCUCUUUUUGCUAACGCGGAUCCCAAUUUCGUGACGGCCAUGCUGAGCAAGCUGAGAUUUGAGGUGUUCCAGCCUGGAGAUUAUAUCAUUCGAGAAGGAGCUGUGGGGAAGAAAAUGUAUUUCAUCCAGCACGGUGUUGCUGGAGUCAUCACCAAGUCCAGUAAAGAAAUGAAACUGACAGACGGCUCUUACUUCGGAGAGAUAUGCCUGUUGACCAAGGGCCGCCGCACUGCCAGUGUUCGAGCCGAUACAUACUGUCGUCUCUACUCGCUUUCAGUGGAUAAUUUCAACGAGGUCUUGGAGGAAUAUCCAAUGAUGAGAAGAGCCUUUGAGACAGUUGCUAUUGACCGACUAGAUCGGAUAGGCAAGAAAAACUCUAUUCUCCUGCAGAAGUUCCAGAAGGAUCUGAACACUGGUGUUUUCAACAACCAGGAGAACGAGAUCCUCAAGCAGAUUGUGAAGCAUGACCGAGAGAUGGUACAAGCUAUCCCUCCAAUCAACUAUCCUCAAAUGACAGCCCUGAACUGCACAUCUUCGACCACCACUCCAACCUCUCGCAUGAGGACACAGUCUCCGCCAGUCUAUACCGCAACCAGCUUAUCCCACAGCAACCUGCACUCACCCAGCCCCAGCACACAGACGCCCCAACCCUCAGCCAUCCUUUCACCCUGCUCCUAUACCACAGCAGUCUGCAGUCCUCCUAUACAGAGCCCCCUGGCCACGCGAACUUUCCACUAUGCCUCUCCCACGGCGUCCCAGUUGUCACUCAUGCAGCAGCCUCAGCAGCAGCUACAGCAGUCCCAGGUACAGCAGACUCAGCCGCAGACUCAGCAGCAGCAGCAGCAACAGCAGCAGCAGCAGCAGCAGCAGCAGCAGCAGCAGCAGCAGCAGCAACAGCAGCAGCAGCAACAGCAGCAACAGCAACAGCCACAGACACCUGGUAGCUCCACACCGAAAAAUGAAGUGCACAAGAGCACGCAAGCUCUUCAUAACACCAACCUGACCAGAGAAGUCAGGCCCCUCUCAGCCUCGCAGCCUUCGCUGCCUCAUGAGGUUUCCACUAUGGUCUCCAGACCUCAUCCCACUGUGGGCGAGUCCCUGGCCUCCAUCCCUCAACCCGUGGCAGCAGUCCACAGCACUGGCCUUCAGGCAGGGAGCAGGAGCACGGUGCCACAACGUGUCACCUUGUUCCGACAGAUGUCCUCGGGAGCCAUCCCCCCCAACCGAGGAGUGCCUCCAGCACCCCCGCCACCAGCAGCUGUGCAGAGAGAGUCUCCCUCAGUCUUAAACACAGACCCAGAUGCAGAAAAACCACGUUUUGCUUCGAAUUUAUGA